AUCUAUAUAUGUCACACCGCAUGCACACUUGGCUUUGCAGUAAUGAGUGGACAGAACAUUGCUCCUACGAUGAAUGGUUUUCAGACCUUCUUCGAGUGCUGGGUAUCUGAACAAAACCAACACCUCGACGAUCUCAUCCUUGCCUCUAAACGAAACCAAAACCGAGCUGGAGACGACAAUGGUGCAGAGAAUCAGCUGUUGUUAAGUUCAUUGGUUGAGCGAGUGAUGAAACAUUAUGAACAAUACUACAACGCAAAGUUCCAAUGGGCCAAGCAAGACGUGCUGGGAAUGUUGUCUCCGCCAUGGAGGAGCACGUUGGAAGUUGCAUUCCUUUGGAUAGGCGGUUGGCGACCAAGCAUGGCGUUUCAUUUGCUCUAUGCAAAGUCGGGGAUGCAAUUAGAGUCUUAUUUUGCCGAGUUGAUGCGAGGGUUGAGCUUGAGCACCGAUGACUUGGGUGAUCUCUCAGAGUCCCAGCUUACCAUGGUGGACAAGUUGCAAAGGAAGACUAUCCAGGAGGAGAGGCACAUAUCGGAAAAGAUGGCCAAACAGCAAGAGACUGUGGCUGACACUACACUUGUCGAGCUGUCACAUGCGGCCACCGCGAUGACAAGGAACGAUAAUGUCCAUGUAGGAGGAGAUGGUAAUCAUAUGGAGCGAGUUGAAUCCACUCUAGCCUCUGAGGAGGAAGGUUUGGAGAGCAUUUUGCACAAGGCUGAUGAUUUAAGGAUGAGGACACUACAGGACAUCAUCCAUAAUCUGAGUCCUCUCCAGGCCGUUCAUUUCUUAAUCGCUGCUGCAGAGUUACACUUGAGGCUUCAUGACUGGGGCAAAAAGAAAGAUACCUUAAAAGAAACUAAUGCCAUCGCCAAUGAUCAUGAAUAA